CCCCGGUUCCAGCGGCAGCAUGUCUGGCAGAGGCAAGGGCGGGAAGGGGCUGGGCAAGGGGGGCGCCAAGCGCCACCGCAAGGUGCUGCGCGACAACAUCCAGGGCAUCACCAAGCCGGCCAUCCGCCGCCUGGCUCGGCGCGGCGGCGUCAAGCGCAUCUCGGGGCUGAUCUACGAGGAGACGCGCGGCGUCCUCAAGGUCUUCCUGGAGAACGUCAUCCGCGACGCCGUCACCUACACCGAGCACGCCAAGAGGAAGACGGUGACGGCCAUGGACGUGGUCUACGCCCUCAAGCGACAGGGACGCACCCUCUACGGCUUCGGCGGCUAAAGCCUUGAUCGCCUGCCACCCCCGGACUAUCCAUCUCGAGAACCCAAAGGCUCUUUUAAGAGCCGCCCACUUUUUCCUUCUAAGGAGCUGUGACAUUUUCCCUGAAAGCAUAUUUGAAACUUCUAUCUAAUUUCCAAAGUUUACUGAAAUUGGCACUAUAUAUUUCGUUAAAAUAAGUGCGGGCCGAUGUUUGAAUUUGAUUGUUAAUAGAGAAGUCGUGUGAAAGAGACUAUUUUUCAUUUGUGUAAUUAAACUCCCUUGCAAACCUUGUACUUCGCUAAAGAUGAUUAAGUGCCCUUUGUAAUCAAAGCAAUGCUUUCUUUUGCAUAUUUUUACAACCUUUGCCGAUUUAAACAUUACCUAGAAUAUUCACCGUUUGAAAAAAAAAUUUCAUUUUACUGAGUUGUUAAUUUACUGUAAGGAAGAAAGGGAAACGAAGAGAAAAUAUCAAAGUCUGAGAUAAGCUUUUUCUUUCAAAUGUUUCUAAAUAAAUAUUUUUCUUUAUUAUAA